CGAGUUCACCCCAGCUCGCUCUCCUCUCGCGAUUCUCUCCUUCUCCCUCCGCGGCUCUCUCUGUCACCGUGUCCCGUCCCUAGUGGCCAGGAGCCGACCACGGAAAUACGUGCGGUACCACGCGGAUUUUCCAGCCUCUCCAUCCCAUCGAUACCGGUAGGCAGUGACCAGGGACCAAACCCCGAAGUGCGCCGCUAGCUGGUUUCUGCGGCCAUUACGCGAGCAAUCGAGGGCGAAUGAUCGUAGUGCGGCGCAGUUCCACCUCAGCGAAUCGUGUUUCCUGAGUAGAAUCGGUUUCACCCGAUCGUCUGGUAGCUCCUAUCUUCACCGUUCAGCUCUGCCCAGGUCUGUGCGGAACUAGGUAACUAGAGCGUCGACAUGGGUAAGGAGAAGACUCAUAUAAACAUCGUGGUGAUCGGCCACGUCGAUUCGGGCAAGUCGACGACGACGGGUCAUCUGAUCUACAAAUGCGGCGGUAUCGACAAGCGUACGAUCGAGAAGUUCGAGAAGGAGGCGCAGGAGAUGGGCAAGGGUUCCUUCAAAUACGCCUGGGUGUUGGACAAGCUGAAAGCUGAGCGCGAACGCGGUAUCACGAUCGAUAUCGCGCUGUGGAAGUUCGAGACCGCGAAGUACUACGUAACCAUAAUCGACGCGCCGGGUCACCGCGACUUCAUCAAGAACAUGAUCACCGGCACGAGUCAGGCGGACUGCGCUGUGCUGAUCGUCGCCGCCGGUAUCGGCGAGUUCGAGGCCGGCAUCUCGAAGAACGGACAAACGCGAGAGCACGCGUUGCUCGCGUUCACGCUCGGCGUGAAGCAGUUGAUCGUUGGCGUGAACAAGAUGGACAUGACCGACCCGCCCUAUUCGGAGACGCGGUUCGAGGAGAUCAAGAAAGAAGUGUCGUCUUACAUUAAAAAGAUUGGUUACAACACCGCGUCGGUCGCCUUCGUACCGAUCUCCGGUUGGCACGGCGAUAACAUGCUCGAGCCGUCGCCGAAGACUCCUUGGUACAAGGGAUGGAAAGUCGAGCGCAAAGACGGUAACGCCGAUGGAAAGACGUUGAUUGAAGCCCUCGAUGCUAUUCUUCCGCCGUCCAGACCGACCGACAAGGCGCUUCGCCUGCCGCUUCAAGACGUCUACAAGAUCGGCGGCAUUGGUACUGUGCCGGUUGGCCGCGUGGAGACCGGCAUUCUCAAACCGGGUAUGGUGGUUACAUUCGCUCCGGUGGCGCUCACCACUGAGGUAAAAUCUGUCGAGAUGCACCACGAGGCAUUGACGGAGGCGUUGCCCGGCGAUAACGUUGGUUUCAACGUGAAGAAUAUAUCGGUGAAAGAACUGAGGCGCGGAUACGUAGCCGGCGACUCGAAGAAUCAGCCGCCCCGGGGGGCGGCCGACUUCACCGCGCAGGUGAUCGUACUGAAUCAUCCCGGACUGAUCACCAACGGGUACACGCCCGUCCUCGAUUGCCAUACUGCUCAUAUCGCCUGCAAAUUCGCGGAGAUUAAGGAGAAAUGCGACCGUCGUACUGGCAAGACUACCGAAGAAAAUCCGAAGACUAUCAAGAGCGGGGACGCCGCGAUCGUAAUGCUACAGCCGACUAAACCGAUGUGCGUCGAGGCUUUCCAGGAGUUCCCGCCGCUGGGUCGGUUCGCGGUUCGUGACAUGCGUCAGACCGUCGCCGUGGGCGUUAUUAAGAGCGUCACAUUUAAAGAUACCCAGGGCAAGGUCACAAAGGCUGCCGAGAAGGCCCAGAAGAAAAAGUAACCAUCAAGCUUCCUCGGAAGCUCGCAGACCGCCGGCUGUUGCCCGAAGAGCGUCUCCGUCACGGGAUCCGCCGCUAGGAUGCAGUACGCCGCGGCUGCUCCAUUCAACUCAUAUUCAACUAAUAAUAAUAAUACCAAAAGUGAAAAGAUGUUGUGCUUACCCUUGUUACAUUAUCCGGUAGUAUUGAAUCCGCGCAUCUAUCCGAAUCUGCACAUUCAGUUCACCCACGCCCCGCGCACACCCCACAUAUGCUAGGUGGAUUCUUACGUUUUUACUUAAUAAUUCUUUAAAUUUAACGAAUAUGUGUCCAAUUACAGGUAAACGACAUUUAAGGAAAAACGAAACAAACAUAUUGGAAAAAAACAAAACAAUACUCGGUUCCCUUGAACUCUGUGUAGUUAGGUUUUUCAAUUAAAAAGAUGUAUCGACAACAUUAAACACACCGAUGACCAGACGGGAUGAUGCCGUGUGAAUCACAGCUUAAUUGCGGGAAAACGAAAACACGAGGCAGCGGGCAGGCCAUAAUUAAUUAUACCCGAGGGUCUCCGUGCGACUACUGCAUACUAUAUUAUAAUAUAUAUAUAUGUACACUAUCUGUCUUGCAGUGAGCUCUAUGAAAAUAGAGAAAAGUGAAAUGAGAAGUCGUCGCGAUUACACGUGACACGCAUACGUACACAAACACACACACAUACACACUAUGUACACACGUUCGUGAAGGGAAAUGCGAAACGGUCGAUGAUUUAUGUUGGACACGAAAACGCGGCCGCCCGCUGCUACCUCGCAUCCCCGACGUUUUAAUCGAUUUCUUUUCGAAGGAUUCGUUAAAGGCUGAUUUGUUUCAAGACUUGGUUGCCUCGCUGCGAAUAAUUUUAUUACUUGUAUAAGAAAUGUAUUUAUCUCUAGUUAGAGAACAUUAGACUGUACUCCCAUCCCUUUCGCGCCUCGAACGGAACUCGCUCCUGAGUUCGGAGGGUGUAAGGGUAUCGCCACCCUCGUUCACGGGAGAGAGUUUCAGUUACGAGUUGCCUGUGUUAAUCUCGGUACCCCUAAUAGACGCGUUCUACAAUUGUUUUGACCCUUAGCCAGUAUUAUGUUGAUGUAAUAAAAAAAAAACAUUUUAA